UUCUCCCCGCCCCGCAGGCCCCGGGGACCAGGAGGGUUCGGUAUCUGGCGCUCGUGCGUGAUGACGCACAUGCGCGCGAAGACGUGGGGACGCAGGCGGGCCGUAGAGAGCGUUCAGCUGCCUAUAUAUUUUUCCCGAUUCCUAAAACCUGACCACAUUUACCCGGCACUGGGUUGAUAACCUAACCAUGCAGCGGAGAUCAAGGGGAAUUAACACUGGACUAAUUCUGCUACUCUCUCAAAUCUUCCAUGUUGGGAUCAGCAAUAUUCCACCUGUCACCCUAGCAAUUUUGAUUCUCAACAUCUGGUUCUUUUUGAAUCCUCUGAAACCACUGUUUGAGUCCUGCCUUAGCGUGGAGAAGUGUUACCAGCAAAAAGACUGGCAGCGCUUACUGCUUUCUCCCCUUCACCAUGCAGAUGACUGGCAUUUGUAUUUCAACAUGGCAUCCAUGCUGUGGAAAGGAAUAAAUCUAGAAAGAAGACUAGGAAGUAGAUGGUUUGCCUACGUCAUCGUCACAUUCUCCCUACUCACUGGAGUGGUGUACCUGUUCUUGGAAUUUGCUCUUGCAGAAUUCAUGAAUGAACCUGGCUUCAGAAGGAACUGUGCUGUAGGUUUCUCAGGAGUUUUGUUUGCUUUGAAAGUUCUUAACAACCAUUAUUGCCCUGGAGGCUUUGCCAACAUUUUGGGCUUUCCUGUACCCAACAGAUUUGCUUGUUGGGCAGAACUUGUGGCUAUUCAUUUCAUCUCACCAGGGACUUCCUUUGCUGGGCAUCUGGCUGGGAUUCUUGUUGGACUAAUGUACACUCACGGGCCUCUGAAGAAAAUCAUGAAAAAAUGUGCAGGCAUUUUUUCCUCCAGUAUGCAUUAUUACGGACAUCAGUACCACUUUAAUAGUUCAGGCUACUCCAGGUAUCCGGAAUAUUACCCAUAUGGCCAGCCAGGUUACUCUGAAGACAUAUCCAGGAACUAUGAUGCAUACACAGCAGGACUGAGUGAGGAGGAACAGCUAGAGAGAGCAUUAAGAGCCAGCCUCUGGGACCGAGGAACCAGCGGGCCAAGCCCCCCGCCCUACGGGUUCCAUCUCUCAGCAGAAGAAGAAAUGAGAAGGCAGCGGCUGCGCAGAUUUGACCACCAGUGAGGGGUCCAGUUGCGGGAUUACUGCCCAUGUGGUUCGUCCCCCGAGCCCCAACUCCACACUGAAGCCGAGUGCAGCCUGCUCUGCUGUCGGCCUUGGCCUGCCAUCCCGUGGCCCCUGUGGGUCUCCGUGCACGGCCACUUUGACUUGCCUUGAAACCAGCCUUCUGGGUGCAGCUCACAGCUGUCGGGGAGCGGCCCUUCUCCUGCCCCCCAUCUGCCCCACAUGCAGAAGGGCGGUUCUGCCUCGUAGGCACCAGCCUCCUCCACACGCCUCUCUCCUGCUGCUCGCUCUGUGGUGCCCCUGCCUUGUUCCGUCCACGAAGACCAUGACUUUCACCAGCCUGGAAGAUCAGCCCCCCCUGUACUUACUCCCCCAUGCCCGGCGCGCCCCGGCUCAGCCUGGCAGGAAUUGAGAAGCUGUCCCUGGGCCUCCUGACACUCUGCCCUGGUGACCUCCCGGGAACAUGAGGUGGCCACCCCUGCCCAGGCGCCCCGGCUCCUUGCGCCCCUGUGUCUGCGUGGUGCUCACUGCAUCCUCUCUCCGUUCUUAUGUGCUCUGCCUUUAUGGUUUGGCUGAAAAAGCUUGGGUAAGAUCUCAGGUGGGGAGGCCAAUGUUAAAUGCCAGGUGGCACCAACAUUUGGGGCUCACAACAGCCCCUCCGGUGACAGGACAGGUUCCCAGAGCUGUGACCUGUGUUAGUGAAGCAGCCAACAGGUGCGACAGGCAGAGGAAAGCAAACUCGUCUGGUGGGCUGGUCACUGAGAAAUCCCUCCGGAGGAGGUAUUUUUUUCCCUCAUAAAGAGUGCCUUUUAAAUGGCCACGGUAACAGCCACUUGUCCUGUCCGGGCCCAGGACCCCUGCAGCGUCAGCCCACAGACCGUCCAGGUCACUCCUGGUGCUUGGAUUCCAUGAAUAAAAAGACAGUCAGAUCUCUCUGCUGUCUUACUGUCACUGAGACAUUUGUUUUUAAAGAGCAUUGGAAGCAGAAAAGGAUCCUCCUAUUUUCAUUUAUAUUCCUAGCAUUUAUAUCUAGUUUUCUGAUAAUGAAAGUAAUAUAUAUGCCUUCUAUAUGCACAAAGCAAACACCUGAAGGAAAUAUGCCCAUACAUUAACUGAGGUUAUCUUUGGGGGUAGAGCACAUAGGAUUUCGCUUUCCGGUUUUUUACAGUUUUAUAUUGCAGUCUUUUUCAGAUGUGUGUAUUUGUAUGUAUGUGUAUUGCGUUUGCCAUCAGGAAAACUGAUUUAUGUAAUAAUAAAGCAAGAACUAUAUAAUCAGGAAAAUACACUUAAUAAGUACUAUGUCUGCACUGAGAAGAUUCACAAUAUAAAAACUACAAAUAAAUACAUGUACAGUAUUAAAAUCA